CGAGGGCAAGGGAGGCUCCGAGGAGGGGGGAAGCCGCCGCAGAGGGCGCAGAAACGGGGACGGGAAUAUGGUAGAACCUGUGCUCGCAUUUUUUUGAGCAUUCACACGUGCGCGCACGCAGAGGCUCUGUUUGUGUGGUGACGCUUCCUCACUUUCAGGAUAAUCCAGGUCCAAGCAUUUUUCUGCAAUGGAAAUUAAACCCUCUAGAAGCCAACAAAAGCGUUGGAAACAUUCAAGACAUUCAACAUCCAGAGCGGAUGCUGUCGUAGAAUUGUACCUCAGUGAGGAACAUGAAAAAGAAAGUAGAGCAGCAACGGUUAUUCAGAGAGCCUGGAAAAGAUGGCUGGAUAUUGGUGUGUUUGACUACUAUAAAGACCUAAUUUCCUUUAAAAUAUGCGGAGAACCUUAUCAUCUGAUGAGGUUCAUUGAUCCUAAAGAGGCAGGAUUUAUAGAUGCUGCAGCAGGGAUUCAUAUAAGAUUCAGACUAGGUGGGGUGAAGUUUCCUCCAUGCGUAUAUUACAAGAUAUUUACCCACAGACCUGUUGUGGAUCUAUGUGCAAACAGUCCCAAAGACUAUGCAAAGCUAGCAGCCAAGUCAAGGCAACGACGAAGUUUCCAGGAAGCAAGCUUUGAUGAUCACAUGGAUUGGUACCAACGCAUAGAGAAUAAUGGCUGGAGACUCCUUUCCAACAGGUUUUGGAAGGACAUGGACCCCUUAACUGCUAAAGACAACAUCCGAAUAAAGGAAUUCCACUACUGCAAGGUGCAGAAGAAACAAGCUGUAGAAAGAAAAAGAAAAAGAAGAAAAAUAGAGUGGCUGAAAAAAAUGUACUUUGGCGAAAGCCUGCAAACUAAAACUGAGGACACAAAUGCAACAGUAUUAAUUCAAAGAGCAGCAGAAGGGUUAAUCAACACUCUGAAGGAUGAGGGGAUAGAUAACGUAAUGGAAUGGGAAGUGGAUGAAUUGCUGAAAUGGACAAAUGCACUCAACUAUGAAGAGUAUGUUAAGGAAUGGAAAGAAAUUGGAACAAGCAGGAUUUCCAGCUGCAUCCAAGGUUUCCAGUUUACUGACAAACCAAUCAUCUCUUUGGAAUCGAAUGAGAUACCAAACACCAUCCAGCAACUAGUAGAGUCACAAAUGCAUUCGGAUAAAAAGAGUCAGCGCAAGGUAAACACUUCGUACAGUUCAGUGGCAAAACUCACCUGACAACUCUACAAGCAGCAGCUACAGCAGCAGCAAAAUAAAGCUUCAGGAGACAGAUAAGAACAAACAACCUGGAUGUUGAAAGAUAAGUAGCUAUAUCUGUGUACUUGUGUAUUUCGCAGCCUUAUUUGUCCUGGCACAUUAACACAAAAUCCAAAAGUAUUUUAAGUCAAACCUUAUUCCAGUAUUGUGGUGAAGCACACUGAAUAAAGGAGUUGCUUCUGGAAAUGCAGAUACUGUUUUAAACUUGUAUGUCUACUAGCUGAAAGUGCCUAAGGACCCUCAAAAUAGUGAGAUGUAUGAACAGGUAGUCAGUCGUUUGUUUUAGAGCUGAGCAUAGCAGAUACCCACCCCCCACUCCCUGCAGUCCAGGGGACCUAACCCAGAUCCGUGUCAGGUCUGCUUGGUCCCCCCAUUGUCAUCUCGCACACCCCCAGCAACAUCACUGCCCAUGUCCCCACUGGGCGUGGCUCAGGCCCCAGAUGUACCCACCAACAAUGCCAUCUUGUCCCACUCUAUGGCUGCUGUUGCUGCAUUGUUGGAAACUUGCCUCACUUGCUACCUUGCAAAAAACAAACAAAAAAAAAAA